GUGAAAAGACGGAAAAUCAACCGUUAAACAUCAGUAUUUAAGUUCCCUUAACGCCGAAUCGGAAGCUAACUUCAGCGUCGUUGUUUCAACUGUUACUACGCGUUUAACUAAACUCGCAUUCAAAAUAAACUAGUUUAGCUAAAUCACGGGAAUUUUAAACAAGCUAGCUAGCUUAGCUAUGUGUUUGAUUGAAUUCUUAGGUGCAUGUUGUGAAAAGUAAACGUUAAUUGUGGACUCUCUUGCAGCAUUUUCGUAAUUUAAGUCGCAGGGAUCACUUUACUAAACUUUAUGCUAUUAUGGACCAAGUUUAGUUUGUUAUCAUCAUGCAGCUUAUUUAGUGCACGUUACGAUACAUGGCUAAUCUUUAGCUUUAUGUUAGCUGUUGGAGAAUGAAUAACCCGUGAGAUUUCCCUUUUAUUAUCGUCCCAACAUGGCUUCCUAUUCGGCUGUAAACUAUACAUCAAUGCUGUAAACAGCUGAUCGGAGCUCUUCUUCAGUGGUGUUUAACAGCAGCCGGCAUCUAUGUCGUUGCAUUUCUGCCAUCUUCCGGGGUCAGUCAGCUCCUACAGUCUCCCGACCACUAAACUUUUUCCAUCAGACAUGUUUCCCGCAGGAAAUUAAUAAGCAUCUUCUGCCCUGUUUACUUGCACCCCACACUCCAAUAUGUCCUUUAAUUCUCUUCCUCCCUUUCUGAAGUAUAACUAUUGCAGUUGGCGACAUGUUCUACAGUUUCUGGUGCCUGAUAGUGCUCUCAGAGACCGGUUGGACCGGUCUGCUUUAUUUUGAAUUGAAUACAAAUGUCUGCCCCUUGUCUCCUUAUCCCAAUGCUGUUGCCAUUCUCUGUUGAUAUUGUUCCAUUGUCGAAUGAAUGAGAUGUUGUUGUUAUGAUUUUAGCAUCUAAUUAUUAAAAAUGCUGCACUGAAAGAAAAAAGAAACCUUGUUUUAAACAAUCGUCACGGCCAUUUGAGUACAGAGUUUACGAGGUGCACCAAAAUGCACCAAGUCCCUUUUUUUCUAGUCUAUAGUCAGCACUUUACAAAGCGAUGUAGAAGCACAAUCUAUAUUUAAGUGUUCGUGUUUUUAAGUGGAGAUAGACUGACCACAUCUCUCAAACAUAGACGGUGUGACGUGACUUUGGGGUAAAAGCUCAGAGGAGGCUGUUUGUGUGCAGCGGAGGGAGAACGAGUCGGUGCAGGUCCGUCCCUGUGGGAGAUGGCAGUGAAUGUAAACCUGAAUGCGGAGAAUUCAAAUAACAGCUAUGAGCUGCUGGCUUGGCUCAAUGAAACUUUACAGACAGGCUUCACCAAAAUGGAGCAGGUGUGCUCAGGUGCAGCCCACUGUCAGCUGAUGGACUACAUGUUUCCUGGGUCCCUGGACCUCUCCAGGGUCCGGUUCCUAAGCAAGGAUAUGGUCGACUCUAUUCACAACUUUAGUUUACUGCAAGGUGCAUUCAGAAAAGUUGGAGUCGUCAGACACAUCCCUAUGGAGGCGCUGAUGAAGAAGAACACUGUCGUGGCUCUCACCUUCCUGCAGUGGUUUAAGCGGUUCUUUGACGAGAACAGUAACGGCCGGGAGUACGACGCCUUACAGGCCAGGGGAGGAAAGAGUAUGGUUCCUGCUGAAAGAGACGAUGUGUGUCGGGGGAUAAAUCACACAGGAGAUGUCCUACGUAGUAAAGAUGACUGUUCCUCUGAGGUGGAGAUGACUGAAGGGAUGGAGGCCAAAACAGCGGAAGAACCAAGAAAAGAAAAAGCGGGGGAGACUGCGAACAAGGAUGGAGAUGUGAUAGUAUUAACAUCCGAUGAUGAUGAUGUAGUGGUGGAAGUGACGAUGGAGGAGAAAACAGAGGAAAUGGAGACAACGGUGAAAGAAGAGAGUGUAAAGGCACAGGCGAUAGUAAGGGAUGCUGCAGGACCUACUCUCUUGAGUAGUUCCCGCAACAGCGGCACUUUGUUGUGCUUCAUCAGAAGAUACUGUAAUGACCAUGUGAACACAAACUCAAACUUCAGUACGAGCACAGACAGUCAGGUUUCUGUCAUCUUGAGUCCAAUCUACCUCAAAGACACCAUCCAGUCCUGCUCACACACACCGUACUGCCUCUACCUGUUCAUGGGGGUGAAGCUGGAUGCAGGACAUAGCACAAGUGUCGUCCUGGUCGGCUACCAUGACCAGAGCUUAGGGGUCAGUGUGGUGCGGCUGCUGGAUGCUCUGCAGAUGAGUGUCGACACUGUUGAUCCCCAAACCUCAGCGGACAUGGACACUGAUGUUAUCACAGCCACGCACACUGCAGAUUCUGAUGCACACCUUCUCAUUAAGACGCUGAAGAAAUUUGAGCUUUCUCUGUCCAACAUUUCUGCGUUUUACUGCAAUGCUCCGCACCCAGGAGUGAUCCGGGUGUUUGUAUCCCAGCUCCAGGCUUUCAACCCAAAGUUAGUAUCACUCUGCGGCCUCCCUGGGAUGGCAGGUAGGGCUUGCCAGGCUGGACUCUUGGCUUCCUUUAGUUGCGUGGUUGACCUGAUUCGAGACGUCCACAAUCACUACUCGACCUGCCCCACCAUUAACGACAGUCUGAAAGCGCUGUUCGCUGGUACAGGUUUCUUUCGCCCUUCCGAUUCUAUCUCUGCACAGUGUUUAUUUAUCAUCCGCACUGUGCAGAAGAUGGUAGGCAGCUGGAGGGAUUUGGUGGAGUAUUUUAAGUCGCUCAGGCAAGCCGAGGAUGCUGACCGGAUCAGAGCCCAGCUGAUGGAUGCUAAAGUCAAGCUACGGUUCCUGUUCCUCUCUCACGCUUUGGAGCCCCUCCGAGCUCUUCAAGAACUGCAGCAGUACAACGCAGCAGAUGUGGCUGUGGAGCUCCAGCUGACCUCCAUGCUGGUUCACUCCUACGCGACCAGCCUCCUCCGGCCCUCCGUCGCAGAGCGCUUUCUUAGGAGGCGAGACCUGGUUCUCCUCCACAAUAAGAAGGAGCUGCUCCCCACAACAGAGGUGAACAUAGGUUCUGGUGCUUCAAACUUACUGUGGGGCACCGCUGUCGUGGAUUUAGGGGAACAGGAGAGGAUGGACUUCCUGAAGGAUGCAGUGGAUUUCUAUAAAGCAGCACUACAGAGUUUAGUGGAGAGUAUUCCUGAGAAGCUUGGAGACGUGGCGCUGAGGAAUAUCUGCAUAGUGCUGAAACAUCCUGAAAAUAUCAAUGGUAAUAAAAUGUCCAGACAUAUGCUGUCAGAGUUGGGUAUUCAGCUGGGUCUGUGUAGUCCCGGUUCUUCACAAGCAUAUCAGCUGACAUUUGACUACCUCACCUUCGUUAAGAAAGUAAAGGAGCAACAGGAGAGAGGAACAGAAGAAGAUCAUGACUGGGCAAAGGUGUUGAACGGCACGAGACCGCACUCUCUUCUGCAUAAACUCCUCCUGACCCUCCUGGCCCUGCCAAGCUCUCUAAACAGGAAGGAGGUGUUUGCUAAGUUGUUCGGCAGCGUCAAGGCUCCGUCUGACAGCAAGAAAACCCCUGAACCUUCACCUCGACCGGGCAGGUGGACAGGAAGACCCCGCGUCCGCAGGAGGAAACUGCCCGUCCAGACAGGUCAUCACGGCAAGAAAAAGAAUGAAGAGAGUUCAUCAGACGAUAGUGACGUUCCUGCAGCCAAACCUGGUCUACUGAUUUCACCCAUGCACUACAGAGAUAUGGAGGACUCGGACUACACAGAUAAUUCAUCUGAUGUGGUUGAUGUCACCGAAGAGUCCAAAAUAUCUGGGACCAUCAGAUUAAUGAAAUCAGAAACUCAAAUCACUCCACAGGCAGAGUCUAUAUACGUUGUGGGCAGUGAUGAUGAUGAUGCUGAUAAUGGUGACGACGCCAUGGAUUCGACAGUCACACCAACUAACUCUGCAGAGUUGCGCAUAAAAUCUAAUGAUGCCGUCGGGGAGCUGGUCUGGGGUCAGGUGGAGGGCUUCGCUCCCUGGCCAGCCAUCAUCAUACCAGACAAGGGCGAAAGUCAAGUUCCAGGGAAGAGGAUGGUGAAGUGGUACGGACAGAUAAUGUCGUCUCCGCUCAGUGAGGAGGCUCUGAAACCAUUCUCUGACUUCACCCAGCACUACUGCGCAAAGUCCUUCGCCAUCCUCGUGACCUACAGAGAGGCUAUUUUCUUGUCACUGCAGGAGGCAGCUUGGCGUUGUAAGAAGAAGUUUCCUGCGUGUUCAGAGGACAAAGAUGAGCUGCUGAAGAAGAUGUUAGACUGGGCCUUCGGUGGCUUUAAACCUACUGGGCCAGAUGGACUCAAACCAGUGGCCUCCAUAAAUGGUGUUACUAAAACAAACAACAGACCAAAAGUGAAGAAGAAUCUCUUCCCGAAAGCUUCUCCUCACUCCUCCAGCUCUACGAGCAACAAGAGCAACAUCGGCACCGAGCUGAAGGAAGUUGCCGUCUCCUUGAACAAACUGUCCUGCAACUCCAACGAGAAGUCCUCCCACAAAGGCGGAGGUGAAAAAACAGCAUGGGAAGAACAACCGGAGUCUGUAAAAGGCAUUAAAGGAGACACGAAGGAGAAGGGACCCAGAGGAGGAUUGGCGGCGGAGACGGGGAAACGAGGGAAGGGAGGAUGGGAGGCAGAGAAAGAUGACUGGGAGAAGGCGAAAGGAGGAUGGGGGAAAGGGAAAGGUAAAGGAGGGUGGAAAGGAGGAAAGGCCAUGAAGAAGAACAGCGGUCUGUUUGAUGGAUUUGAUAAUGACACAUCGCCAGACUUUGUGCCAAAGAAGAAGGCCUACACCAAAACUUACAAUAAGGUCAACCAGCCGACCAGCGUCUACACCCAGCCGGACCAGAAACUCAGAGAGGAGACCAUUCGCAGGAUCAUGGACAUGAAACUGGACAUUGAAGGCUUCUGUUUGUGUUGUGGAACUGAAAACGUUGAGAUCUUUCACCCUCUAUUUAAAGGCAGCCUCUGCUUGAAGUGUAAAGAUAACUUUACAGAAACUCUGUAUCGUUAUGAUGAAGAUGGUUAUCAGUCCUAUUGUACCAUCUGCUGCUAUGGAAUGGAGGUCAUACUGUGUGGCAACGACAGCUGCUGCAGAUCUUACUGUGAGGACUGUCUGAACAUCCUCGUCGGUCGGGGGACGUUUGAUUCGUUGAAGGUGUUGGACCCGUGGAUCUGCUACAUGUGUCAGCCUCACCGACCCCACGGAGCGCUGAUUCCCAGAGAGGACUGGAGCAUCCGUGUUCAGGAGUUAUUCGCCAACAACAGCGCCAUAGCGUUUGAGCCACACAGAGUUUACCCGUCCAUCCCUGCAAACCUGCGCAGACCCGUCCGAGUUCUCUCGCUGUUCGAUGGCAUCGCAACAGGCUACCUGGUGCUGAAAGAUCUCGGCUUCAAAGUGGAGAAAUACGUUGCCUCAGAGGUUUGUGAGGACUCCAUCGCCGUGGCGACCAUCAACCACGACGGGAAGAUCAUCCAUGUUGGUGAUGCCCGCUUCAUCACCCAGGAACAUCUGGAGCAGUGGGGUCCGUUUGAUCUGCUGAUUGGUGGCAGCCCCUGUAACGACCUGUCCAUCGUUAACCCGAUCAGAAAAGGCCUCUAUGAGGGCACCGGCAGGCUGUUCUUCGAGUUCUACCGAAUCCUGCAGCUGCUGAAGCCCAAAGAGGAAGACCAAAGGCCGUUCUUCUGGCUGUUUGAGAACGUGGUCUUCAUGAACACACACGACAAAGUCAACAUCUGCCGCUUCCUCGAGUGCAACCCGGUGCUGGUGGAUGCAGUCAAAGUUAGCCCGGCCCACAGAGCUCGUUACUUCUGGGGAAACAUCCCGGGGAUGAGCAGGCCCAUCGCAGCCUCCCAGAACGACAAGUUGAGUCUCCAGGACUGUCUAGAGCUCGGAAGAGAAGCCAGGGUCACUAAAGUGAGGACGAUCACCACCAAUCCAAACUCUCUGAAGCAAGGCAAAGAUGUGUCUCAGCUGCCUGUCCUGCAGAACGGCAGAGAGGACAACCUCUGGAUCACUGAACUGGAAAAAAUCUUUGGUUUCCCCAAACAUUACACAGACGUGAGGAACAUGAACCGGCAGCAGAGGCAGAAGGUUCUGGGGAAGGCGUGGAGUGUGCCGGUCAUCCGUCACCUCUUUGCUCCCCUGAAGGACUAUUUCGCCUGUGAGGAGCUGCUUCCUUUGACUGUUUCCAACACAUCUACCUCCAACUCCAUCACUUCCAGCUCCAUUGCUUCCACCUCCCCGUCUUCUCCUGCCUCUCCAGAAGUGCAGCAGCUGAGAUAGGAGAGGUUGGUUUUGGUUUUGUAUGUUUUUUUGUGUGUGUGUCUGACACUACCAGAGAAAUGUAUGUAUUUUAAAAUAACUAGGUGGAGUGUGAAUGGUCUAUUUCCAUGUGCCUCCACCAUGUUCAGAGGGCCAGUUACAGAGAGGCUUUUGUGGAUCACUGCCACAGGCCAUUUUGUCCGCUAUGCACUCGAGUCUUCACAUCACACAUGCAGUUUUAGUGCAUUACGUCAGUUUGACCCCCAAAGCCACUCUUAGUCUCAGGCAGAAAAUGGCAGCUCCCUCUAGUUCUUUCUUAACUGUUUUUAUCCUCCUGAAGGGAUAAGGUGAUGUACUAUAUUUUCCUUAAUGUCAACAAAUCUCAUGUUUGGAGCCAAACCAACAAUGAA